GCGGAUUUCCUUUAAAAUUUAAACUAAUCGGUAGUAAAGUCAAAAACAAGUGCAUGUACCUUGCGGUGGCGUUGAUCAUUAUUGUUGCGAGUUUGGUCAAACUGCACAUUCGGAAUGGGCCCCCAAGAAACUCUGGUUUUGGCGAUAAGCAUCGUCGGGGUAAUGGGGUUUAUCCCCCAUGGUUCUAUUGGGGAAAAGGAGCCCAUGCUAACUGAAGCUUUACUUCGGGAAGUGGUGGAGCGAAUGGGCAAGGAGUUUAACGAAGCGGCGUCGGGCUACCUGGAGUUUCCCCAGAGCGAGCGCCAUCUAGCGCUCAUGGCGCGCGCCACCAAAGAUCUGGAGAAUGAGCAGCUGGACUACGAUUCGCUGAUCAAUGGCGACCCUAGCCCGAGCUUGCGUGACCAGGAGUACCUGCAACACAGCUCCCUCUGGGGUCAUCAGUACGUGACCGGCGGUGCCGCCAAGGGCCAGGAGAGGCCAGGGAUGGUCCCCAACCGCCAGAUGGUCAAGACCGACGCCGUACUGCCGGCCUACUGCAAUCCACCCAAUCCCUGCCCCGUCGGAUAUACUGAAGACCAAGGUUGUCUCAUCGAGUUCGAGAAUACGGCGGCGUUCAGCCGAGAGUACCAGCUAUCUCAGCGCUGCAUGUGUGACGCCGAGCAUAUGUUCGGCUGCCCAGAACCCGAGUCCGACCUCGAGCUCAGGUUCCCCGACCACAAGAACCUCGUCGCCAAGAAGUAUAAGCCCGACGUAGAAAACCCAUAUCUUAUGGGCGAACGCCUCCCGAUCGCAGCCAAAAAAGGUUUCGAUGUGAAUUCUUAUUAAUAGGUACUUCAUUGUUAAUUAUUGCAACAUCUUAGACGGAUCUUAUACAGUAUCCGUUAGUUGAACGUCAGAUUUAAAAUGUUUUAUUAAGUGUGUCCAUUAACCUGCUGGUUCUAAUUAGAUAUAUUACAGACAUUUUGGAAGCAAAAUUAUAGUGUGAAAGCUAAGCUACUGAUUGUAAAGAAGCGAAGAAGAUACAAACCACAGCGUCUAUAAGACGAUAUUUUAUUGUAUGGUACUUACUCGUACAUAGCGCUGCAACCUCGUAGGUAGGAUGCGGAUGGUAAAACCGAAGAUAAUAUAAAUCUAGUCAACUUAUUCAUUCUUAAGUUAUUGAACGUACUUUCUGUUGAAAUACGGCAUUAUGUUACUUAUUAAUAUUGUUUUUAAACGGUUUCCUAUACUGACUUAACUUUAAUAAAAUGUACAUUGUACAAUCAGCACCUAUAUUUGUUCAGAGUUAGCUUGAUUUAAAAAUGUUUUUGAAAGCCAUCGCAUAAAUCAAAAUAAGUAGAGAUUCGUGUACUUAUUCUAUAACUUUCAAAUUGUGUAUUCUUAAGGGCUUUUAAUUGUGCUAAGUGUAACGUUGACGAUGCUGUGAACUUUAUUAGUUGUAUAUAAGUAUUAUCUAUGUUAUAAUUAGUUUGUUUAUUUGCAUAUAGUAGUUUAUUUAUUUAUUUAGAAGUGUGCCAUCAUCGUAAAUAGUGUUGAACAUUAGAUUACGUGUCAAUCGUAAUAUAUGACGUCCGAACACGGCGACGUAUGCAUUAAACCUGCAGCGUGGCCUUAGAAUGAGAAAGAGGAAGGACAAAUCAACAAUACAACUUUAACUUCUAUCGAAACAUGUUACCAUAAAUAUAAUUUGUUGAUUCGAUAAUUAUUGCUUCGAUAGUUCUUAGAGCUAACAAUACUCAAAAGAAGGUAUGUUUAUCUAAAUAAUUCGCUGUAGCGAACUGUUCCGAGGAUAUCUUUAGAUUAUGAUUAGUAGUAAUUAUUGGUACAGUUGCUACAGCUGUAUACGUGUACAAUUAAAUAAAUAAAUAAAGGCAGCAAAUAUAAACAAAGUAGUUGUAAAUACUUUUUAAAUAGACGUCCCCGAAAACACGUCUUCCUUAGUGUAACGAAGUUUGAGGCAGUUCUUAGGUAUAAAUGAUUAGUUAUUGGGUCUAAGGUAAAAUCCACCGGUACCUCACUCGUUGUAUUCACAAUAGGUUUCUAAUUGUAAAACGAUGGUUACCUCACCAAUAGAAUGGAUUAAGUGUAAUUAAUAAGUUGUAAAACCACCAAAAUAUUGUCCAGUAAUCUUACCAUGAUAUUGAAACUUAGAUAUUAUCUAACGAGUAUAUGCGUCUCGCUACUUCUGACAUUUUAGUGCAAGCGAGUUGUAUCAAAAAUAAGUGAGCGUGUCUUUUUUCUCAAUUUUUUUAUAAUAUGUGAUAUUUUUGAUUUUGAUGUUAUUACUAGCCACUAGCUUUUUCAAUCUAAUAGGUAAAAAGAGUCACAUACGAUUUUGUCCUAUCGUGUUACCAUCAUCGAUAGUUUGUAUUUUGUUACCCAAAGAGGAAAGUAACAAAAUGUAUGGAAAUUCUGAGACAUUUUUUUCUUUUAUUGAGAUAGAAAGUGCUCAAGAUUCUGAGUAAAACUGAACUAUAGUUCACAAGAAAUAUAAAAAAUUGACAAAAAAGAAACGUGUAAAGCAGACGUUAGCGAAUAUGUCAGCGACACAUCGUGGUAAGGCUACAAUUAUUGUACAUUUAAUAAUAGUCCCAAAAGUAAGCAAAUAAAUGUUUUCAACAUUAGUGAUUAGAUUAACUUAUACAGCUUUGGAAUUUUAGAAAUUUUUACUUAUUUGCUUUUGCUCUUGGAUUAUUGUUGUUUUAAGCCUAAUUUUAUAAAACAGGAAAUUUCCAAAGGGAAACAUUUGAGGUUAUUCUGAUUUUAAUUGAGUUAUUAAAUUCUAUUUAAUUUUAUUCAUGUUUAAAACUAUUUAAGAUGACCGUUUUGGACUUUAAACCCUCAUAAUAUUAAAGGUCAGCUUAGGAAAUUUCGACUUUAGUAAAAGUUAAAAAUAUACGCGGUGUUUUUUCCCUGAAAAUAGUUAAAAACUAUCAUGGAAAUUAAUACAUAAUACAGACGUUAGCCUUUAGCCCGCUCCAGACUAUGCGUGCGAAUCACGGCGC